AUGAAUCUUUCAAAGCCAAGAAGCGAGGCGCCUUCAACAGCAGAGACUUACCUGCUUGCUCCUGAGCAAAUAGAACUAAGCAACAUGCAAGAUCAGAAUGAUCCCGAAUCUUCAUACUCUACACCCAAAACUCAUACCUGGAUAGCUCUCAGGGGAUUUAUGAUGUUCCAUAUGCCGGCUAUAGCAGUGACCCUCGCCUUGUUGGGGCUGUAUAUCAAGCAAGUUCAAUGGGAGCCAUCGCAUCCAACCAGUGAAGAGCUUGGUGUUCUCCAGUUCGCAGCUAAAGCACACGAAGCGUUGAUAUUCAUCUCUCUUGCCGAAGCAAUGUUGCAUCGAAUUCGGUACUGCUUGACUCGAGACGAGGGCUUGCAAGUUGGGUUUCUGGCUUCGCCCCAUUAUAUCAUUGCACCCUUCGGGUAUCUUUUCAGCCACGAGUUUUGGAAUACCGUCCUGAAACCAGCAACCAGGAGAUCCUCUCAUACCAUUACGAUCAGUUUGUUCCUGCUACUUACUUUGGUUGGGAUUGGUGCUGGCCCUUUUUCUGCCAUUGUUUUGAUACCUCGACAGACGUGGUGGGCAGUUGAUAACACCACGGAGAUAGGAUACCAAAACCAAGGUAUUUAUGUUUUUACAGACGACUUUUACGUCAUGAAUUAUGAAGGAAAUCCAAAGGACUCAACCAAAAUCCUUUCGUUAGGGCCACUUCAAUUGAAAAUUUUACCUGGACCAGAAACCCUCACCAAUUUGACGAACUUAGGACUGGAGCUGGAGGACGCACUUGAAAGAAAGCCUUAUAUUCCACAAAUGUCCAACCUUUCCUACAUAAGACCAGAAAGGUCUUAUGUGGGUCUCCCAAUCUCAUUGACAACGACGGACCCUUCGCCCUCUUCCAGUCAGUCUUAUGGAACCGCCUUCGCUACCGCUCCUAUAGGAUUUUCGGUUGAGCCGCUGUGGAAUUCCAGAAAAUACACUCAACAGAAAGAUCGAAACUUUCCUAGCAUCUUAAAGGCACAGCCGAAAAGAACCGACAAUACACCAGCCGAGAAAUUUAGACAGCCACUUGUCGCAGUGCAUUGCAAUGAGUCGCUCGAAGAAGAGAAAUCACACACCCCUAUUGGCGGAGACGUGGUAAGGUUCAAUUUCUUCGGGAGUUCGUUCCACAAGGAAAACUUCUCCUUCGAGCUCUCUUUAGAUGGAAAAGAGUUGGGACCAUUACAAACAGCUGGGAAAGCGUAUCAUCUACCUUUGACAGUUUUCCCUGAUCUUCAGGAUAAGGUUCCAGUCCCGAUUACAGCUGCAGUCAUUUUAAGGCACUACCCGGAUAAUGUUUUUGAAUAUCGAUAUUGGUCGACAACUCUCUGCCUCAUACAAGCCCGUUGGGUUGAAGCGGAUGUUUGGAUGGACUUGAAAGAGCCACAUACCUUUGUGCAGCUGGAGACGUCGUUCUCAGAUGUGGCAGGAUUCAUGUCCGAGACCUCAACUCACGAAAACGUCAUCAAAAUGGGCCCCGAAUGGCUAGAAACCGCAUAUGAUAUACCAAACGACCGAAAUGAUACACGGUCAGCUUCAGCUUUGGCAUACAUGAUGAAAUAUGCCCCAUAUUCCCCUCCGACCCGGAUUCCCGCAUUUCUAUCUGUCUUCUUGGUAGAUUUCUUGACUUCUGUGGGAGGCAUGGUUUAUUCAUCCUCAACCCCGACUUUUACAGGGAUCGAGGGUUUUCCUCCUUCUUCUAACCUGAGGAUGGUAGAUGUCAUUUACUAUCAACACCGCUAUGGAUACAAGUUCCAAGGAAGUGUCUCUAUCCCACUCGCAUUUACAUUGUUAUUCGUACAGGUGAUUAUUGCUAUAGUGCAUACCGCUCUCCUUAUUCACAAAAGUCCUCCGCACGGUCGGGCUUGUGGCACUUUGGGAGAGACUGUGGCGCUCGCGCUGGUAUCUAAGACUACGGGGAAAUAUGGCUAUAUAGAGGAGAAUAUUAACAACUCUCAAGUUUGGAGCAUGAGAGUAGCAGUGAAAGGGAGCAAUGAUGAACAGGGACAUGAAAUGGUUGCCCUUAUCUGA